AUGAUUAGUUUCUCUUCGCCAGUUUUACCUGAAUCUUGGAUGAAUUCAAAUAUGCUUCUCCUAAGUUUAAUUGCUCCACCAGAAAAUUUGAGUCCCGAAUAUUUUGGUUCCCUUUUAACCCAGUAUGAAAUUUAUCAAAAACAAGGUAUGGACCGGUCAGUUAAGUGAAAAUUUUAAACAAAUCCUUAAUGGACUACAAAGUAUUAGUUGAAAUGGGAACCCCAGAAGCUGCGAAAUCAGCAAAGUCAUUUCUUGAUUAAUUAUCUUCGAACUUUAUCAAAUGUUCGUUUUAUUCGGAUGAGAAGCCCCCUUAAUCAGGUUCCUUAAACAAUUGCUCACUCGAUCUUAUAAAUGAUUCUACCAUGAGCAGUUUACGAAAUCGUCAUUCUACAUCUUUAAAUGAAAGUAUAAAUUUCAAUUUCUAUAUAGUUGUCCAAGAGGAUGACAAACAACAGCCUUCAAGCAAAAGGAAAAUCAAUUCUUCCUCCACACUUCAACACACAACAACAUUAUGUUUGAAUGGAAUCAAAGGAAAGAACUUAGACGCUUAAAAACUGUAUAAUAUCUUUAGUAAUUUCGGAAACAUUGAUAAAAUCUUACUCAUUAAGUAUAAUCUACAAUAAACAAGGUUAAAAAAUUUCGCACUCAUUAAAUACCUAAAAGAAGAAUACUCAAUAUUCGUUUUUGAAAACUGUUAAAAACUGUAAUUCUUCGAUAGCACUAUUUCUAUUUCUUUCGUCGCAGAAGAUGCUAUUGAAAAACUUUUAAGUCUUGAUACACUCUACAAUGAGCAAGAUUACUAUGUUGGUUCACAAGAAACAGACAGGUAAAAUAGAUAUGAGAUUGUAGAUUCAAUUCUAGUAAUAAAAUGAAUUUGUUACCACCAAGUUAAGUCUUACACGUCUCCAAUCUUAAAAAGGUGUCAUCAAAUGCUGAAACUAUGUGGGAUGUCUUUUCUGAAUUCGGUAUAGUCGAGGUUGUUGUACAUACUCAUUUUUAGGCAGUCAAAGUUCUUAAUACUUAGUUCAAAUUUAUGUGUUUAGUCAAGAUGGAAAAUCUUAAGCAAGCUUUGGAAGUGAUGGCUUUAAUGCAUAAUGAAGAGGUUGACAAUAGAAAUGUCUAGAUCUCAUUCACUAAGGCCAGAAUUUGA